AUGCACAAGCACCAGAGUGGACGCACACCGGGGCCUAGCCAGCCUACCACCAACGUCGAGGAUCCAGCACCACCUAGCCAGGAUGCCACUAAUGAAUCGGGCCAGCAGCGUACCCAGUCGCCUUCAGACACGGAAAAAGCACGCAGAGAUUCGAGCAACCUAUGGGAGAGCACAAUGAAUGACGCCGUACAGCGCGAAAGCGAAGAGCUCGUGCGCCAAAACCACGAAUUACGUUCCCGGGUUGCCCAGUUGGAGGACCAGCUCCUUUAUCUAAAGAGUGCUCGACAAGAUAGCGACCGGCCAAAAUCACCAGGUCAAGUAGGCGAUCUGAAACUCCGUUUGCAGACUGCAGAGAAAGAGUCACAGGAAAGACUCCAGCAAAUCAUUUCCCUCAAAUCGAGUAUAUCAUCUCUUACACGCGCGCAGUCUCAGGCUACCGACAGCGACCUUGUGGCGUCCUUGUCCGAACUUGCAAACCGUGUCCGAGAAUGGACAAUCUCAAACCUCAGGCGGACCAAGCUGAACCUUGAAAACCUACCUAAAGAGACUGAAGAAACAGUUUUCAAAUUGUAUCCUCAAUACAGGAAUGGUAUCCAGGGUGCAGACAAGUUUGCUCUGUAUCAAGCUAUUAUCUCGACCUCGCUCAUGCCCAUUUUUGAAACACCUUUAGUCUUCGGGUUGCCAAUAUCACUCGCGGCAAUCCAGUCCUUUGCCGACGAGGUACGUGACAGCGGCCCUGCCUUCAGUGAAUGGAAACGCGCGACGAUACAAGUGCUUGAGAGUAGUAGAGUUCAACCUGACCUUAUAAGAGAACGGGAGCAAUUGCUACACCGCAUCCUUGGAGAUGUUUGUCAUCUGUUCUUUACUCUUACGUCCACUACCGUCACCUCGAGUGCACAACUGGCAUUAAGUGGGAUUCUCAAGAAUGCUGUAGACUUCCAACGAACACUGGCUCUCCAGAAAGCGCGUUAUCAGUUACUUUUCUUUCGCAGUGAAGGCAAGAAAAUGUACCUCGACGACCGUACAAUGGAAGCUAUCAACGAUGCCGACUCUACCAUGGAUGAUGACACUGUUAUGGAGACAGACCGCACGUUCCUCUUCUGCGCAUUCCCUGGUCUAGUCAAGCAUGGUGACGAGUGGGGUGAGCACCAUGAGAUGAGCAAUAUUCUGCUCAAAGCAAGGGUUUGCUCUGGAUUCGGGUGA